AUGGAGAUGGGUUUGAUAUCGGUAGAUAGCUGGGCAGAGGGAAGCCAGUUAUACUUCCUCACACACCUCCACUCCGACCACACCCACGGCCUCUCUUCCACGUGGUCCCACGCGCCACUCUUCUGCUCCCCCCUCACCGCCAAACUCAUCCCUUCCAAGUUCCCACGCUUCGACCUCUCCCUCCUCCGCAUCCUCCAACCUAACACCCCUUACACCCUCUCUCUCUCCUCCCCCUCUCCCACUACCCUCCACGUCACCGCCAUCAACGCCUGUCACUGCCCCGGUUCCAUCAUGUUACUCUUUCGCGGCGAGUUCGGUUGCGUGCUUCACACCGGCGACUUCCGCUGGGAACCAAACUGUGAGAAAGCGAGUGAGGCCAGGCGCGUGCUUCGCCACGCCCUCCAGGAUGUUCCCGGGGUCGACGUGCUUUACCUCGAUAAUACCUAUUCUAACCCUAUCUACGACUUUCCCCCUCGCCAUGUUGCUGCUCUGCAGGUUAUUGAUAUAAUUUCGUCGCAUCCUGACCAUGACAUCAUCAUUGGGAUUAACACUUUGGGAAAGGAAGAUCUAUUGAUUGAAAUUUCCCGCGUGCUUCAAAUUAAGAUUUGGGUGUGGCCAGAGCGCUUGCGGACAAUGCAUCUUCUUGGUUUUAAUGAUAUUUUCACGACGAACACGUCUCUUACUAGAGUAAGAGCUGUUCCUCAAUAUAGCUUCAGCGUUGAAACUUUAGAGGCGCUUAAUGCAAUGCGCCCAACUAUAGGUAUCAUGCCAUCGGGUCUUCCGUGGAUAAAGAGAUCCCUUCAAAACAAUGAGCUUCUUUCUGGUUCCUUUUUGACGUCUCGUUAUAAGAGAGGUAAAUGGAGUGAAAAUAGUGAGGAGGCUCAGAUUGAUAAGCAAAUGGGAAAUGUAGGAUCAUCACCCGAGAAAAUUCACCAGUAUAUGUAUUCAGUUCCUUACUCUGACCACUCUAAUUUUGAGGAGAUAGAGGAUUUUAUAAAGCUUGUUCGACCUACAAGCUUGAAGGGUAUCGUGUCUUCUUCAUCAUGCUAUAUUGAACCCAUGUACUAUUUUGGUCGACUCUGUCGAGUUAACAACCAUUCAACGCAACAGUUGCAGAACAGGUAUAAAAGGAAAGAAAGCAGCCCUAGAACUUCAUUUGGAGGGACUAAUGUUGAGUCAGAUGGAGGCAGACGGAAGGUUUUGAAGGGUAAAUUUUCUGGUGUUCGUGUGAGCAGGUUUAGUAUAUUGAGAAGAAAGCACCGUGGAGCGAAGAUUCAGAAAGAUAACAGUCCUGAUCAAGACUGA